GCUCUGACGCGCAUGCGCACUGGAGGCUGUGCAGACAGAAAGGAACGGCUGAGCUGCGCGAGCGUCUGGCAGUUUGCAAGCAGCGCGUUGAGGCGGCGAGCGGCGGGGAGGAUGUGGCUGUUCGGUUCGUGUGGAGCUCGUUUAGGUUGUCGAGAUUGAGUUGGGGUAUGUAUUUACGGAUGAUAAUUCAAAGAAAUUUUACGAGAAAGUAGGAAUUUGUGAGGUGAAUAGUGAAGGAAGGAAGGAAACAGUCAAGCUAGUCACCUGGGGAUGAAAGUACAAACCGUCGCUUGCGCGCGACACUGCUAAUAAAGGUUCCACAAACUCGCUGGAUCUCACGGUGUCUCAUUGGAAACUACUUGUGCCUUUAACUCUAACCUAAUCGUACAAGAUACAAAUUAACUCUUGGAUUUCUCUUUUAGUCGGGGGUAUAAAUUUUCAAAGAUGCCCAUCUUGAAGCAACUAGUGUCAAGCUCCUCUCAGACCAAGCGACGCUCUCGCAUGGACCUGACCACGGAAAUGAUUAGUGCUCCACUGGGAGAUUUUCGUCACACCAUGCAUGUGGGCAGGGGUGGUGACGCUUUUGGAGACACGUCCUUUCUCAGCAGCCGCUCUGGUGAGCCCCCACAGGAUGCUAGUUCUAACCCUCGCUCUCCCAAGCUAGGCCUACUGUCCAGAACCUUCAGAAGCAGCAAGCGCUCUCAGUCUGUCACUCGUGUAGACCAGCGAGACAACACGCAACUACCCCCAAGUGGCUCACCAACGUAUGUGAAGAAUGCCCUGUCACUGCCUUUUCUGAAUGAUGAGGAUAGGGAUCCUGAAAGUGGUAGGUUGCUCAAGAGUCUAGCCUCCAGCCCCAUGAAGCAGCAGGCUUCCAACGGGGCAGCCGCUCAUGGCCUAGACGUGGAGCUUCAUGAGAGGUCUUUUGGGGAGCUAACCGACUUGCGGCCCUCUCCAUCUUAUAAUGGAGGAGGCAUGAAGCACGCCGAGUCAGUUAUGUCCUUUCAUGUGGACCUGGGGCCUUCUAUGCUAGGAGAUAUUCUGGGAGUCAUGGAGAAGGAAGGUGAUGACCUGGGCUUUGAGGAAGGCAAAAACGGUGAGGGGCAGGCUUCCUCUCUUCUCAGUAACCAAGGAGCAGAAGAGGAAGAGGCAGAAGAAGAAGAGGAGGAGGAGGAGGAAGAAGAGGAGGAGGAAGAGGGAGUGAGGGCAGAUGAGGUGGAGGAGGAGCAGGAGAUGGAUCUGGAAGUGGAGCAUGAGGCUACUCUUCAUGCCGACAGUUCAGUAGACCUGGAAAUUAAAAGUGAGGUUAUCAGCACUCCUGAGCCUCAGCACAAACACCAGCAGCAGUCUGACAGCUUUUCUGUCUCCAGCUCUGGCUCCCAAGUCGUGGAGGACAAACAACUCUGCCAAUCUUAUCAAGCAGACAUGGACAGCACCAACUACAGCUACCACCCAGGGGAGGAAGGAGCCUUCUCUUCCUUCUUGGAGGAUGAGGAUGAUGAGAUCCGUGUGUGAGACUCUAAACCUUGUGGAAUCUGUAUGGGGAUUGAGACAUGUCUGCAAUUGUGACACCGCGUUAAUGAAACUGAAGGCCUAUAACUGUUCCUGUACCCUUUGAGGGAAGUGAUCAAAAUGUGUCUAAUGGCCCAACAGAGGACUUUAUAGCACCACUGUCAGACAUGUUCACUCAGCCUGGGUCUGGCAACUGUCACUUUCCUACUGGACAUGUAAGUGAUGAUGAGGACUUGUAAAGAUGGAGAAAAAAAAAAUAUCUUUAAUGUCUUAACCUAAUCCUUGUCUUUGCAUCUUCUGUCUCCAACAUUGGGUAUUUGUGUGUAAGAUUUAUGGUAAUGUGUGCUACAGGUCCAGGUAAUGGUAUCUCCUGAAACAAGUAUACUUUCACUACACAAUAAUCAUGCUCUUUGCUGAAGGUUUAAAGGAGCAUGCAAUUAAUACGAGCACAGGCUGGAAAGGGAGGAUGAGUGCAAAAAGGUGUGUGUGUGUGUGUGUGUGUGUGUGUGUGUGUGUGUGUGUGUGUGUGUAGGAUUUUGAUUACACAUCCUGUUAAACAUUUUCUGUCAGCUGCCCGAAUGACAAGGAUGGGAAAUCAUUCUGUAAUACAGAGAACAAACCAGAAACUGAAAGGGGGUGCAGUGGCAGAUGUUUUGUGUUCCGUUUUCCCUCCACUAACUGUCCAUGACUCUAUACACGCAGUGGUGACAGCUGGGAAGCUUUGUAUUGGGGGGGAUUCGUGCUUAUAGAGGACUUUGUAUACUCGUUGCCUGCGUGGUGUCUUUAUCUCACCACUUCCUUCCUCGUCAUGUGACGGUAACUACUUGGCUCUGCAGCUAGCUAGUUAGUUAAGAUGGUGCAGAAAUGAUGCUAUAUCUCUGUAUUAAGUUAUGCUGCCAGGAACAGUCUGUGAGAUUGGGUUUUCCUACCAAGCAUUAUUAUAGCAAAUAAGAAGACCGUGCACUAAUUUAAGCUAAACUCAGGUUUAGUAUAGGAGGCAGUGUACUUCACUCUGCACCACUGUACAGUGUUAAUCACCUGGGUGAGGGACAGCCUGUACACUAACUUGUACUUAGUGACUUUUUUUUUUUUUUUGGAGAGAGAGAGAGAGAAAUCAUGUUGUAAAUUGUGAAUAUGUGAAACCUUGACUGCUGCUCAGUCUUUGCUGGUGUGCUUGCCUGUUCUAGCUUACUCAUUCCGGUCUUUUUUUUUUGUAGGCUACAGAGACUAGCUGUUCUCGAAAAGGGCUGAGUUGUAAGAAAUCCUCAGAGCAUUCAGCAGCAGGGUUCUCUUCUGCCUUAAGUAGAAAUGACAAAAGUGCCAAAUUUAAUCUGCCAUGUAAUCCUAAGUAAAACUAGCGAUUUGUAUAUCGUCAAACAAGGGAUUUUACAGUCUGGGUCCCUAAGUGACUUUAUUCAAAUAAGGGGCUAAAACCUCACACUUAAUUCACUGAUAUGCUUAGCUUGAUUGUAUUUACUUAAACUCCAGAAGAACAAAAUCACGGAAGUUCCAAAAUAUUUUGCCUUUUUUUAAUCUGUUUUGAAUAUAAGAAUGUAAAUAUGGGGAAGUGGUUUCAAAUUUGCUGUGCCGGUUGAAUUUUAAAUUUGGAGGUCUGUUCGAAUCCAGGCUUUUGAAAUAUAACACUGUUUAUUAUUGCAUUUUGCUAGUCUUUAUUACUUUGUUCUCUUAUGUAUACGUUUCUUGCUUGGAUGGCCUUGUUUUGAAAAUGCAACAUAACUAUAUUUUUCAAUAAAAUGAUAUCACCAA